UUUUAAGAAAUUCUACUUGUUGGUUGAAUGGUCGCUGCGACGAACGGCGAGUUGCCGCCAUCGCCAGGAGUGCCGUCUGCGCAAGGCCACCACGCACUGCACAGCCUCGCAUCCGCAGCCACACAGCAGCAGACACAGUCUCAGCCACUUCCUGUCGUGGUGAGCAGCGUGACGGUCAAGAGCGCCAUCGCAGCCGCUCUCCAGCAGCAGUCGCAGGAGCAGCUUCAAGGGUCAGCUGGCCCCGCGUCCGCUCUUGCUCCUGCCACCGCUCCCGCUGCACCAGGGCACCGCAGCACAACCACUGCUGGCCGCAUUGCUGAGGCUCGCCUGUCGCCCGAUCACGCGCUGGUGGCCGUCCUGACGCUCGAUGGCGCCCUGUCGAUCUCUCCCGUGAUGCCUCCUGCUGCAGCCGCCCCAGGCUCAGGCUCAGGGACAGACUCAGGCUCAGGCUCGGGCUCGGGCUCGUCCGCUGCAUCAUCUGCAUCUGCCUCUACUCUGUCACACGCGUCCGCCACAAGCGACGCAGCCGCACUCGAGCUCGCCGAGUUGGAAUCGUUCGGUGUUCAACAAGUCGAAUGGAUGCCCACCGGCGACCCGCUGCCAAGGACUGCAGAAGGUAUUGCUGGACCAUCAUCCUCGUCGUCGUCGUCGUCAAGCGCACCAAUGACGCUGUUGGUGCGCAGGCGCGUGCAAACACUGCUCGUGACAGUGGACUGCUACAGCACGCUGUCACUGCACCGCAUUGAUCCGGAAUUGAUGGCACAUCGGGUUGGGAACACCCCCAUUCGCGCAACAGCAGAGUGCGCCUUGAUCAAUCGCGUUCCAGUGAUCGGGAAUACGACUGCGACAAGCACCAAUGCACAGCAGCAACAGCAACAACAACAACAACAGCGGCAGCAGCAUCAGCAACAUCAACAAUCGCAGUCGCAGCAGCCGUCACAGCCGCAGCUACCACCCUUCCCGUCUCGUCGACCCGAGGGCGCCUUCUCGUAUGCCGUGGCGCGCGCAGACAUCCGCGUGGAAGCGCUUUUGAAACUCUUCCCGGGAAUCGCCGCCCCCGCUUCACCCGCCGCAUCUCCUUCCACCACCAGCACCCAGAUCGCGCGCCCAACCACUGAGCCGUCAUCGGCAAAGUCCCACCAGCUGAGCUUGCUCGGUGUUCUGGUCGACCGGAUUGUCGUUUCUGUGAAUGACUCGCACCUGCUCAUUCUUGAGCUUGUGGACCAGUGGAACAUGGUCGCCGUCGUGCAGUGCGUGCCUCUCUCCAGCGUUCUCACCCCGCAGCAUUCCCUGCCAACCGUGACUGAGACGUCUGCAGCGUCAGUCCCCGCGAGCACGGUUGUGAAAACCCGUAUUGUUCGAGGCAUGCUGUUUGCAUUGCACAGCACUGGUCUUCUUGUCGUCUACGACCUUGAGCGAUUGCGUCGAGUAGCCAUUGUCGACCCGCGCUUGCAAUUCGGUCGCCGAGGAGACGACUUUCUCCCCGCUUCAUUCCGGUUUUCGGUGCUCGACGUCAUGCCAGACAGCAGUGCCGUGGUUUUGGGCAACGAAACCCGUAUUUUGCCAAUCGACCUCAACCAGUACUUUGUCGCCUUUCCGCACCACCUCCUUACUUCCGCCAACCAAUCUCCCGACUCGCAACUGCGGCCACCUGCAGGCAGUCGAGGACCACAGGCAGCACACCCAGGACAGCCGCAUCCUUCUCAGCUCACAGCUCAGCAACAGCUCGGGCGCGUGCAGAGCAAACUUGCCGCGUCGUGGCAUCUGGAGCUGUCGGGCUUUUCGCAUUCGCUAGGCCAUCAUCAUGUCGACCUCCCUGCGCCAAAAAACCAACCUGGCAGCAGCAAUGCGGCCAGCUCGUCGUCGGCUACAGCCACUUCAAAGCAAUCCGGCAGCAUGCCGCUUGAAAACUGGCUGGACAAGCUCACAUCGGGCUCGCAAACCGCGAAUAUUGACUCUGUCGUCUGGUCGAGUGCAUCUGCGCCGUUUGCCUCUGCUACAACUGCGCAAUUUCCCCGCACCUCGAGCGGAUUUCAGGCACGACGCUCGGCAGCAUCCUUCCUUUCAUCGAGCGCAUCUUCUGGCACCACAAACCCGAUUCCUUUCUCUUCCCGCAGCGCUGCUGGACAACGCUCGCUGUCAGGAUCCCGUCAAAGUAGUGUCGCCACCAUUGCGAUUCCUGGAGCCUCGUCUUCCAUCCAGCGUUCCUUCUCCUUCAACAACACGUCGGGCACUUCCACCCCCACAUCCUCGUCUCUGUCCGGACCUUCGUCCUAUGAGCUCACGACCGCUGUUGCUGCCAUCUCCUCGAGCCCGUCGGAUGGGUUUGCUCCGUCUCAGCUGGCCACUUCGCUCCAGCUUGCCACCGGUGUGGCGCGAGAGUCGUCCUUGCUCACCGCGCAGCUAACCUUCAUGUCCACGGGCAUUCCCCUUCGCUCCGGCGAUUCAAUGGCUCUUGCCCUUGUGACUGCCACCCACGUUGUGGUCGUAUUUGAGUCGACAGCCUCCAGCCCAACAUUUGGCGGGGCCGCCUUCUACGACCGAUCGUCCGGCACAUGCCAGCGCUGCGACUUUGCAUCUCCGCACAUUCCUGUUCUCCUUGGAGAUGCGCUGGAUCCUUGCCUUUAUUGCAUUGCUGUCACCCGGCAUUCUGCUGUGAGCAAGCCAGCUGUGGCGACCGCUGUCCCUGCCUCCCCGCUCAAGUUCACUCCUCCUUCCAUGUCGCAACAGGCCCCGCAUGCUGCUUCUCAGUGCUCAUUGCUCGCGAUUUUGCCGAACGGCACGCAGCAGUCGCUUCUGAGUCGUGUCAUCAUGUUCGAGUCGGCACAGGUCGCCGAGACCCUGUGCCAAUUGAAUGGCUGGGAUCGUCGCACUCUGCGCAUGCACGCGCUCAGUGUCGGCUUGUCCUACCGCCAGCUCGACGUCGUGUGGGAUGCGCUGCGGUCUCUGGACGCGGAUCAGCACGAAGAGGCCUGCAAAGUCCUCAUCCGGGCCAUGGAAGAGAAUUCCUCGCUGGUGCACUAUUCUGAGUUUGCAGAGCAGCUGCUCCAUGUUGGCAUCACGUUUGUCACCGAGGUUAUUCGCGCCUGUGCCCAGCGACUUGGCGCCGGCACCCUUGACUCCACCGCCUCACAAGACACUGCGCGGCUCAUGUCGCUCUUGACAUCUUGUCUCGUGGAUAUUCGCGGCUUUUUGCAGGUUUCUGCGGGUACGCGAACUCCCGUCGCUUCCGGCCUCUCUGCUUCGCAAGUGUCGCGACCAAUUGGCAUUACACCCUCGUCUGGGUCGCAAACGCCUCCUUCUCGCCGCUCAGACGCUCCUGGCAGCUUGGCCGACGACGCUGUGCUGACCUCUCCGUCCGCGGGCUCGAAUGACCCUCGAUCUGCAGCAGCAGCAGCUGCUGCUGCUGCGGGGCGAGACUCUGCCGAGGAGCUGCUUGCUUUGGAGGAAUCCGAGGAAGGAAGCUACAAUGACGCCUCGCUCUCAACAUCCGACAGCCGCUGGCUCGGUAACCCUGCUUGGCGCACAAUGUCCGAUGUUGACAUUGUGGCCGACGCUUUGCUGCGCGGCUCCCCUGCAACGGCACAGGCCUUUUUUGCUGUCCGAGCUCGUCGCGCAGUCGUUGCUGCCCAGCAGCAACAGCUUCAGCAGCGGCUACUUCAACAGAUGCACGAGCAGCAACAAAUGCUGUCGGACAAGAAUUUGGUGAUUGCGGGCGGCGCUGGCUCGGCCUUUGUCGAUCCCGCAGAAAUGGCUCGUUCGGAAGCAGACGAGUCUGCUGCAGCAACGUUUGCCCCCAACCGCGGUCUUGGCUCCCCACUCAACCCGACCGAACUCAAGUGCGACGGCUCCAUGGCAAGCAUCCGCGCGAUCGGAUUGGCUCUUGUCUUCCGCGAGCUCAGCUUGCGGCAUCUGGACAACGCCAUUGCCAUUUUGACCAAUCUCGGAGACGUUUCCACCGAGCAUUUGCGCGAAAUUGCCUUGUACGCGCCCUUCCCGCUCCUGCGCGAGCAUCUCUUGGCGUACCUGUCAAAGCAGCGCCGCCUGCCGCAUUCCGACAACCAGGCUGCUGGCUUUUUGCAAUUCCUCGUGCAGCUGUACCCUGUAACAAGACAGCCUGCUCACAAUGGCCGGCUCAACUUUGAUCGGACCAUCACAACCGUGUCCGCGUACGUCCAAGCAGACAACUGGCUCACGACAAAUACUCGCGAUGGCGGUGCUGUUGUAGGCUCGGUCGUUUCGACCACAACCACCACCACCACCACUGUUUCCGCUAGUCUGGAAACUGGCAGCAUGUCUGAUGCCGUGACCGAUCGCAUGCCGCCUGCAUGGCUUGCUUUGCUGGAUCAAUCAGGCGUGGCUGUUGGGGCGGCGGCGGGGCCUUCUUCUGUGUCCAACUCUUCUUCGCUGCUCCUUCCUCAGCCCAAGCACCCCAAUUUCGAGUUUAUUCUCGAGUGGUUGCAGCAUUGGGACGAACCAACCCGUGUCCGAGUGUUGCUUGACGGCGAAUUCCUCAACCACAGCACGGGCCGCGCCCUCUUGCCGCUCGCGGCAUCGCUCUCGGCUGACGCUGGAAAACACAUUCUGGAGGCCAUCUCAGCCCAGACGCGCGAAAAGACGGUGUGGAAUUACAUUGUUGCGCACAACAUGCACGAGCAGGUGGUGGCCAUGCUCGUCCGUCUUGGAGCGCACGGCAAUGCUGCCCAUCGCGACCACCUCCUUCAUUUGCUGCACGAUCAAGCCGCGCAUCCCCUUGUGUCGUCGUACAUGCGCACUUUAAUUGCCCACCACAGCGCCAAACUCAACCUUUGGCGAGGGGUUGACAUUUCGCGCCAGGGUGUGCUGGUGCGACGCCUUGCCUCGCUCGGUCGGAUAUUCAAUCCGCACAGCGACCUUGUGGCUGCUGAUGCGCUGCUCCACGUGGUUGGUGCCACCAUUCCACGGGAACCAUCCACCGCGCACGUGCUCAGUCUGGCACUUGUCAACAUUAUCCAGUCUGGCGUUGCCAACGAUCUGUUUGGGCUCAUUGUGCACGUCGGAGACCACUACGGCGAUUCCGUCCUUCGAGCACUGCCAGAUGUGACGGAGGCCGUCAAGCCCUGGGUGCGUUUGCUCCUGCUGCUUCGCCAAGCCCAUCAGACCUUUGGCAGCCGGAAGGUACAAGCGCUUGUUCUUCAUGCUGCCUUGCUGAAUGCGCGCAUGCUCGUGCCCACUACGUCGUCGUCUCCGUCAAGGGCGUCGGCCUCCAAGAAGCCGGCAGCGGCGGAGUUCUCGGCUCAGGAUGAACUAUUUGGGACGCCUGCUGCCAUGUUUGCUGCCAAUCGCCCGUUGAUGGCACUGGCCACCCUGGCCUAUUCGGGCCUGCCUUUGUCGUCCAUUCCGAAUGGCGCGGCAGCCACUGCCAGCAUUGACGAUCCAACAUCGCGAGCGUCGUACCGUGUUCCUCUCUCUGUCAACGAGCCGGUGCUGCGUGCAGCUCUGGUCUCUACCCCAGAGUUGCUUGAGGCCUUCUUCCCUUCGGAUGCCAGCAACAUCACCGUGGCGUCAUUUGCGGGUCAACUGACCGUGUACGAUCUGGUUCGCCGCAACGCGUCCAUCAUGCUCGACAAUGUGCUGACCUGGCGCGCCAGUCCCAGCCCCCAGUUGCCGCACUUUUCGGACGCACGGCUGACUGGCUCUGGUUAUGCUUGUUCCCUGGACUACACGUAUCUGCUGAUGAAGGGUCGGCCCCUCGAGGCCAUCUACUCGUUCAACGUGGCCUUCCCACCCAUUUCGGGAGAUGCGGCGCGCGAGGAGGAGCGACAGCAGCUCGCCACACGCAACGUCUUUCAGAUCGCCACGCGCAAUGCCCAUCAGGCGACCGUACCUGCUGCGUGCCUGUGCUUCCUGGAGGUUCUUGGAUUCCCAACCGGAACGCUCUCGGUCGACGCUGCUGCGCUGGCGCGCAUCCAUGCAGCCAAGUCGCAGCGGAAGGCUCAUAGUGGAGUUGCUCAGUCGUCGUCGUCCUCGUCGUCCUCGUCGUCGUCGUCGUCUUCUCGGCCUUCUGCCCUUGACGACCUCGUUCGCCGCAUGGGCAACAUGUCCUCGCUGCCCGAGUCGCAAAAGCAGCUCAUUUGGCACGAUUUGCUCAAAAUGCUCGAAGAUGCCACCUUCUACCUCGUUCAGGCGACUGGCCGAACCCGCUCUUCCAUCCAAGCGAGUGACGAUUGGGUGCUGGUUCUCGAAUUUUGCCAGCAGCACGACCUGCCUCCCAGCGUGCAAUUCUUGGUCGAGUGCGGCAAGAGCAACGACUGGCUCAUGUUUGUGUGCCAUGCCCACCGUCACCAGUAUGCCCUCGACGCAAUCCUGGCAGUCAUCGACGGCCAGUUUGCCAAUGCAGACAUUCAGGAGCACUUGCGUGUCUUUUUCCGACACGCGCACAAGAAGGAAUCUGAUCGUCGGUCGUCCGUGUUCCAAUCGGCGACCGCCACUCCUUCCGUCGCGAGUAGCAGUGGCGCGCCCUCCACCAACGUUUCGCGUCCUUCCUCGCCGCAGCCGUCGUCUGCUCCAGGAGCAAGCGGCUCUGGACCGACGCCCUCCUCCUCCUCCUCCUCCUCGUCCUCCUCAUCGGCUCCAGUUGCUUCUCCCGAAAAGGCAGGCGGCAAAAAGCCCAAGCGGACUGACUUUCGUGCCACGUUCUACAAGCAACUGGGCGUCAACAAGGGAGCGAAAGGCGACAAGGACGAUGGGACACUUGUGCCGUCGUCGUCCUCCUCUUCCUCCUCAUCGUCGGCCGCUGCUGCCAUGGCUCUUGGAGAGGCGCUGGCCAACACGGCUUCGGCUUCUGGCGCCGAACGUGCUUCUGUCUUGCCUGGAACGGCGUUGACAACAUCGCUGCACGUGGUUGCACCUUACAUUCUUUCGCAAGCUGCCGCCUUGACGGCUCCAGUGUCUGCCGCAGCCUUCCUGCUCACGUCGCCGGUCGAUCGCAAGCCCUCCCACUCGGAAGACGACCUCUUUGACAUUAUUUUUGCCUGUCAGCAGUCUGUCACGCCAGCCAAGGCAAUGCUGCGCCAUGCCAUCAGCAUGCGUCGUCCCCUUCUUGCUGUGCUUGCUGCUUGCUUCCCCGACUGCGAGCUCCUCGAGUGUGUGUGCGUGUGGCUGUAUGCGACCUGUUUUGAGUAUCUGCCGUUCGUCGAGGAGUGGUUUGACGAGGCCAAGCAAGACGCGUCCAUCCACCUUGACGCCUGGCUCGGUUCCGUGCAGCAGCAGUGGCAGCAGUGGCAGCAAGGCCACCACAGCGGAGUGGGCAGUUCGUCCGGAAGUCGCCCAACCUCGCCCAGCGCCAGCGGCAUGUCCACGCCCAACCCCCAGCUUUCUCCGACGUCCACGAGUGAUUCCUUCCAGUAUGCCGGAGGGGCCCAGCAAGGUGCGUCGUCAUUCCUUGCAAACAACUUCCCUCCACUGACGUCUUCGGCGCUCGCGCAAAUUUCGUCCGGCUUCCCGUGGCCAUCGACGGACACGCUGAUUGACCAGUGGUGGUGGCACCCGUGGUCGCUCGUUGAUCUCGGACGCAUCAUCUACGCUCUGUGCGAACAGCGCGUCUUGCGCCCCAUCAUGCAGGCGUUCAUGAUUUUCGACCGAUACAAUGUCAUAGUGCAGUUCAUCCAUCUCGAGGAAAAGUUUCAGCAGCACGACUUUUUCAGCUGCAAGCUCUUCUUUGAAACCUUUAUGCGCAUGACGGGCCGGCUCACAAACUCGAGCAGCAACAGCUCCCAGGCGGCCCCUUCGUCUCCGGCGACGUUUGCUUCGCCCGUCAAAAACCCCGCCAACAGAGCGACCAUGUCCAACAUUCAAGGCGUAUCUAGCCCGCGCCGCCCCGACCAACGCGCCAGUAUGGGUGCCAUUUCCUUGAAUUCCACGGGAGUGACCUCUUCGUCUUCCACGUCCUCGUCAUCGUCGGUUGCCGGCAAAAUUGGCAAUCCCUUGUGGGCGGCCGAUUUGUGCGAUUCUCUCUUGUCGCUCAUGCUGCGCCAGUGCGUUACAUCCUACGAGCGAGCCCAUUUGCUCCAACUGUUGUUUGAGACGGAUUACAGUCCCGAGUACUGCUUGCUCUACCGAACGUGCGCCAUUCUCGAAAAGACGGGUCUGCCCGUGCUGCUUGAAACGAGUCCACGCCUCGCAUUGCAGGCGUUGAUUGACAAGUCGCUGUUUGAUGACGCGCGCCAGUAUGCUGCGGCUCACGGCAUUGUCGAGCAUGCGAUUGUGCUGCGAGAAAUGCAAUCCCGCCUGGCAUCCUUCCGCGACUCUGUGCUCUGGGCCAAAGACCGUGCUCGCAUUGCCUUUUGGCAUCAGUGCCACAAGGCUCUGCUCGACAACGCCUGUGAUGCAUCGCUUGCUGGCGACUUUUUGCUUUCCCAAGCCGACGCGGAGCGGACUGGACCCAGUGAUUGCCCGCAAACACCGCGCGAGCGCUGUGCCCUGCUCCGCUUGGCGCUGCUCUGGUUUAGUGGCUCUGCCAUUCCCGGUACCGAUGCGUGCCGCCCUCUCGAGUUUUUGCAGCAGCUGGAAAACCGCAUUUGGCUAAUCACCAUCGGCAUUGAGGCCGAGACGGGUGUUCCGAUUCAUGCUGGAGGUGCACGCAGCAAACUCUUGAGCAUGAGCACAGGGGACUCGGAUACCCAUUCCAUCUCGUCUGUCGAUGACGAUGACGACGUCUCCUUCCCGGUUCCCGUGUCGUCUGGUUCGGCGCCGAUUUCGGUCGCGUCGUCGUCGCCGCUUGGCGACACUCCGGUCACGCUCGGCUCGCCUAUUGCAGGGUCUCCCCUGGCGGCACGUCGCAACAACAGCAACAGCAACGUGAGCAGUGCCAGUGCAAACACAAACACAAGCGCAAAGGGACCCGAGGGUCGCUCGCGCACCACGUCCACCUUGUCUUCCGGUUCCUAUGACCAAGCGGCCGCGCUGAUGGGCUCUGGUGGCGGCGUCAACCAUGCCCAGUUGCUGAGAAAUGCCCACGAAAACAACGCCUUCAACAUUAUCGUGGCAAGGCUGCUGGAUUCCGGCGAGAUUUCGCAGGCGCGCUCCCUCUGCUCGCAGUUCAACCACACAUGCAUUGACCUGUGGCUCGUCGAGGCAGCGUUGGCCGUGGCUCAGAAGACUCUUGCUCCGCAAGAUGUGCGAAAGGAGGUGCGCUCUCGCCUCGAGGACAAGCAGCACCUGCAGGCCCAGAACGAUCAGCUCAAGCUCCAGCAGGCUCAACUGCAAUUGUCCACCACGUCUUCGCUUCUUGGUACCAGCGUCCUCACCACGGCCACGACCGCAUCGACAGCCGCCGUGUCACAGACCUCCAUGAGCAAAGCCGCCUUGCCUACCGACCGUCUCGCAAUGCUGCAACUGAUGGCGCUGGCUGCCGACAAGGCGCACCGGUGCUUGCAACGCAUCAGUGUCUUGUACGAGGUCUCACAGGCUCUCAAUCUGAGCUACCAGGCAAUCACGUCAAAGGAUCCAUUCGAGGUGCUGCAGUACUUGCUGUUGUGCGGCAAGGGCAUGUUCCCGCUCGCUCGAUCGUUCAUUGUGCAAAACGAUCUCGAUCGUGUCCGCGUGGCCUCGUUCCUCGCCGAAUCCUUUUUGCGAUCCCUGUCCGGUGGCGCUGGAGCUCCUGGAGGCUCGGCAGCUUCUCCAUCUGGACAACCGAAUGUUGCGUCGCAAACAUUGGGCGCUGUCGGCGCGGCUGCACCUGGCGGCGGCGGACCCGUCAACUACGAUCUGCUCUGGCCUGCUGACGACUUUACGCUCUUUGCCAACCUGUGCGACAAUCCAGCCGAGCUUGGCAAGCGCCUUCUCGAUCUGGUCAACGCCUCCAUCUUGGUUGGCGCGAGCGCGGGUGGCGCAAACAAUGCCGCAGCCGCCACCGCUGCUGCUGCAAGCGACCCAACCUUCUCUGGCAUUCGCUUGACGGAAGAGUUGCAAUCAACACACGAAGUGGAACUGCUCAUUCGUGCCCACCACUGCUUUGUGGUUGUCUGCAGCAUGGACGGCAUUGCCAACGUUCUGAAGGCGGUCGGGCGCCGCGCAGACCACUAUGCUCGCACUGGCGAAUUCCGCUUGCUUGUGCGAUUGCUUCUCGGCAUCAAAAAGUUCCGAGAGAUGCAGUACAUGUUUGACAUUUUGCUCGCAUACGACCAGUUCGAGCUUGUUUUGCGCAAGGUCAUUGACAAGGAUGGCCAGAUGGAACUCAAGCUCGCUCUCCACGAUUACUUGAAGCGACACCAUCCCAACGACACGGAGCGGCUCACCAUGGUCUUUUUGCAUUUCAACAUGUUCCGCGAGAUUGGCGAAACCCUGCUGGAAAGCGCCAUCCAGAAGCUUUUGGCUCUGCACCCGGUCGACAAUGUCAAUGCCGCGGUUUACAUUGUAGGCGCAGAGCGCAAAGCCAAUCUUGGCGUGACUGGCUUGUCGAGCGCCACGGGCGUUUCGGUCAGCCUGACGGGCUCUGCAGGGAAUCUUGCUCGCGGCGCCAGCGUUGCCGGCGGCCUGGGCAGUGGUGGCUCCAGUACCUCCACAGCAAGCGGUGCUGCCGGCAACAGUAGUGCAGUUUCUGGCUCGAUUGCGGUCGCUGUCGCUUCAGCCAUGGCCACGCCCAGCGCGCCAAGUGCACCAGUGCCCCUCAACGUGCAUACUCCCAUCAAGCCCGACGUUCUACUGGUGGUUUUGCAGAUGCUGUACGAUGCCGCAGAGUCAUUCAUCAAGGAAGAUUGCGCCCAGCGCGCCAACGACUGCUUGGCACUCGGCAGACUCGUGGCUCUGCAGAUUCAAGUGCCGCUGGUUCGCGUGAUUAAUCUUCCGGAUCCAGCCACCGAUGCCUCUCGCGCAAUGGCGCUCAUGACGGCUUUUGCAGACGCCCUUGUCAUUGCAGAGGCGUACAAACUCGGCGCACGCCACUCUGAGUGGGUCAACCCCUUGUAUCAGCAGUGCGUUGUGAAUGGCAACUUUAAAUUCUUUGAAGCCAUGCUCCGCAGCAUGCCCGUCUCUCGCACGAUUUACACUGAUGUGGGAGCCAAGUUCCGCAACAAUCCACUCCGCACUGCGCAAACCCCCAACAUGAAACGUCUGCUUUCAAUGAUUGACGACGUUGGUCUGCGCUUCUCGCUCGCCAAAGAGCUUGGCUUUACCGAUGUUGUCAGCAGCCUGCUCACUGGCGAUGUCGAGUACCGCUCGUUCGUCAAGGACGUUGCAUUGAAAAUGCAAGCUGCUGGCAACUAGACCGGAUGUUGUUUUGUUUAUUUUCCGUUCUUGCAUUGUUGGUCUCCUUCCUUUCCCUCCCUCGCCCCUUCAAUUCACCUUUGACUAUUGUCUAUGUUUUUCAUUUUUUGUACUUUUUUGGCAAUUAUUACUCUCUUCAAAUGACAA